UGUACAGCUAUGUUGUCGGACGAAUCUGCUCCGGUGCUUGGGGAUCUCGACACAGGAUUUGUACACCAAUGCUGCGAAGUAGCAGCAUGCGCCAUCUAUACGUAUGACCGCUUCCUCACUCUCGAGCGGGAGGUGGACAUGAUAUGGCGGCGCCGGAGCAUGUCGGUAGCGACUGGUUUAUACCUCUUGAUCCAUAUGUCUACGGCAGUGCUCUUGUAUUCACAGAUAGUCAUUCAAGGUGUCUCAGCAUAUUACAGCGGUUACAUCCUCGUAGUUGCGCAGUCAUGUGCUGCAGCAUUGUUCCAUUUUGCCAUUAGUGGUUUCACGGCGCUACGCGCCUACGCCAUCAGCGGCCGCUCUGUGCUACUAGCGUUCGCCAUUUUCACGUUCUAUCUGGUGUUUGUUGCGAUACACAUAUACGAGAUUUCCACGAUAGUCGUUGUUGCCGUGCCCGAUCCUGUUGGCUGUGUAAUUUUUAUGGGCGGCAAAGGCUCCAUACCAUCACUCUUCAUAGGGGAAGCAUCUUCCAUCAUUGCUGAGGCGUUGCUGAUAGCCGCGACCUGGCACCAUGUAUACGCGGUCAAUCUUGCUCACGAAGAGCAUAUUGAGACCCCAAUAACAACAGUACUCCUCAGAGAUGGCACUGUAUACUUCAUGCUCCAAACAACCCUCAUGACGCACUUCUACCUCCACCUGCAUGAAGCAGUUUCGGUCGACACUGGCAUACCUUCCGACACAUCACAGGUAUCCGAUAUCCGUUUCACGCGUGUGGUAGGGAGUCUCGCGGGCUCGCUUUCCUACGGUACAUACAGUUCUGUGGGGCUUGGCGGUGUGGAUGCGGGAAGCGACCUCGAUGAGUCUGGAUGAGGAGCGAGUGGAUGAGGAAGAAAACAGAUGUCGAGCAUUCGGCGGGGUGGCGGUGGAGAACCCGAGAACAGUGCCUUUACACCUGAUACGGACUCUUUCUUUGCAGAGGGCUCGGGAGGAUCUGAAAGUCGAGGUUGUCUUGGUGUGACUUCCGUACUUAGCGUCACGUUGCCCAGUGAUCCUAGUGGUUGAAUCUUGGUGUGGAUUUUUAUGGACUAUGGACUAUGAACCUAUUGCA